AUGGCAAGGAUCAUGACCCAACUUGACAUUUUGUCUAAAGAUGCCAUGGGAGCUGGUGCUAGCAGUGUCAAUGUUGUAGAUCACAAAGGUGAGAUUAUUGCAAAAGCUAUUGAAUCUUGUUUGGUAGAUUGGGGAAUACAAAAUCUACUUACAGUAACAUUUGAUAAUGCAACAGGUAAUGAUGCAAGGAGAAUUAGUGAUUGGAAAGGUGUUAUCAUGGAAAAUAAUUUUUUACAUGUUAAGUGCAAUGCCCAUAUUCUAAACUUGAUUGUGAAAGAAGGAUUGAGUGAACAAAAUAAGUCUAUUUCUCGGGUAAGAAAUGUUGUGAAAUAUGUUCUGUCUUCUUGUGCAAGAACUACUUAUUUCAAGGCAUAUGUUGACAAGGUUAAACUAGAUACUCGUGGACUUUUGAGUUUGGAUGUUGAGAUGAGGUGGAACUCUAUAUAUUUGAUGUUAAAUACUGCUGUCAAAUUUGAAAAGGCAUUUUCAAGAAUGUAUAUAGAUGAUCAUAAGUACUUUAAAUAUUUUCUUGACUCAUGUGGAAAGAUAGAGCAUCCAUCUUCAGAAGACUGGAGAGAUGUGAAUGUAUUUCUCAAGUUUCUAGAGAUUUUCUAUCAAACCACUUUGAAAUUUUCGAGUACUUUACAUGUUACUUCAAAUACUUUCUUUCAUGAGCUUUUUAAUCUUCAAAGCAUAAUUGUCAAUUAUUCAAAGUGUGAUGAUUUUCUUUUGACUGGUAUGGCUAAGAAGAUGAAAGGUAAGUUUGAUAAAUAUUGGGGUGAUUUUGAUGUUAUGAAUAUGUUGUUGUUGUUGGUUGCCGUUGUGUUGGAUCCUCGUUUCAAAAUGAAGUACGUGAAGUUUAUUUUUAAGAAUUAUUAUAAUUUUGUGGAGAGAUGUAGUAAAUCUAUCAAAGUAACAGAUACUUUAACUAGCUUAUAUAAUCAUUACAAAAAAUCUAUUGUUGGGACUUCUUGUGAAACUAUUGGAGAUCAAACUGAUGCGGUGAGUGAAGUUAGUGCAAUGUAUACUUCUGAUGUGUGGCAAUCUCAAUGGGAUAAAUUUCUUGAAAAAGAAAAUAAUAAUAUUGAUAAUAAACCUGAUCUUGACAAGUAUUUGGAGGACGAUGUAGAAAAGAUUAAGUAUUUUAAUAUUUUAACUUGGUGGAAAGCUUCAUUUGAAAGAUAUCCAGUAGUCUCUAGAAUUGCAAGAGAUAUGCUUGCUAUUCCUACAUCUAUUGUUGCUUCAGAAUCUGUUUUUAGCACUAGUGAUCGCAUUUUUUAUUGUUAUCGAAGUUCUUUGUCUCCAAAGACGGCUGAAGCUCUUGUUUGUAGUCAACAAUGGUUACGUCAACAUCUACAUAAUGUAAGAUUGAAGAUCUUUUACAAGAAAUUCAAAAUCUUGAAAUAG